UCCAAUUCAGUGCCACUACAUUAUAUGUAUCACAUUCCUUUAACCAUUAUCCAGAAAGGAAAGCAAAGCUAUGGAGCAUCCUAAGAGACUGGAAGAAGGGUUAGCUCAUGAAACUAAAGACAAGAAUGAGCUGUUUAGCGAGAAAGUUGAUAAAACUAACGAUAGAGAUGUCACCAACCGUGAGAAAGAGGACACAAGUAGUGUGAAUCAGCAAAAGCAGCAGCAGCAACAACCAUUGGUGAAGCAGAAGGCCAAGAGGGUUGCAACCUUGGAUGCUUUUAGAGGGCUCACGGUGGCUUUGAUGAUAUUGGUGGAUAAUGCUGGGGAAUCAUAUGCACGAAUAGAUCAUUCACCAUGGAAUGGCUGCACACUGGCGGACUUCGUUAUGCCUUUUUUCCUCUUCAUUGUUGGUGUUGCAAUUGCUCUUGCUUUCAAGAGAAUUCCAAAGAAGAGGGAUGCAGUUAAGAAGAUAAUCCUAAGGACAUUGAAGCUUCUAUUCUGGGGAAUUUUGUUGCAAGGAGGAUAUUCACAUGCACCUAAUGAUCUCUCUUAUGGGGUGGACAUGAAAAUUAUAAGAUGGUGUGGCAUUCUCCAGAGGAUAGCAUUGGUGUACAUGUUUGUGGCCUUGAUAGAGACACUAACCAUCAAGCAAAGGCAAUCUGUGGUUGAGCCUGAUCACUUUACCAUUUUCACAGCAUACAAGUGGCAAUGGAUUGGAGGGUUUAUUGCUUUUCUUAUCUACAUGAUCACAACAUAUGCACUCUAUGUUCCAGAUUGGAGUUUCGAUCACGAAUCGAAGAGAUACACGGUCAAAUGUGGGAUGAGGGGACAUUUAGGACCUGCCUGCAAUGCAGUUGGAUAUGUGGAUAGAGAGGUCUGGGGCAUUAAUCAUCUGUAUCAAUACCCUGUUUGGAGCCGCUUAAAGGCUUGCACUCUUAGCUCUCCAGGUUCUGGCCCUUUUCGUGAGGACGCUCCUACUUGGUGCUACGCUUCAUUUGAACCUGAAGGAUUGUUGAGUACAAUCUCUGCUAUCCUCUCUGGCACCAUUGGCAUCCAUUAUGGUCAUGUUUUGGUUCAUUUCAAGGAUCACUCUGAGAGGCUGAAGCAAUGGGUCUCAAUGGGGUUUGGCUUACUUAUUAUAGCCAUCAUCCUUCAUUUUACAGAUGCUAUUCCUAUCAACAAACAGCUCUACAGCUUCAGCUAUGUCUGUUUCACAGCAGGUGCAGCAGGAAUCGUAUUCUCUGGAUUCUAUAUACUGAUUGAUGUUUGGGGAUUGCGAAUGCCAUUUUUAUUCCUGGAAUGGAUAGGAAUGAAUGCAAUGCUGGUAUAUGUGAUGGCUGCACAAGGUAUCUUUGAAGGAUUUAUCAAUGGAUGGUAUUACAAGUCACCAGAUAACACACUUGUGAAAUGGAUUCAAAAUCAUGUCUUUUUCAAUGUUUGGAACUCACAGAGGCUAGGGACACUCUUAUAUGUGAUAUUUGCUCAAAUCACAUUCUGGGGAGUAGUUGCUGGCAUAUUGCACAAAUUGGGCAUAUACUGGAAGCUCUGACAAGUAAAAAAUUGCUGAUGGUUAAUGAAUUAAGCAAUUAGUAACACUUUGUAACUAAAAUUCACUUCUUUUCUUGUUUGUUGUGCUACGUCAAGUUUGUUUAAGAUGAAAAUCUGGAGCUUCAAUCUUUCGUAUCUGACUUAACUUAUAAAUUUUAACUUGUACUUUUUUUGUAUUUUUUUUA